GGCGCGGCGGCAACAUGGUGAACACCAGGCGGGCGGCGGCGGCGCGGCGCCGGCAGCAGGGAGCGCGGGCAGGCGGUGGCAGCCCCGGCGAUCGCGAUGCCGAUCCCGCCACUGCGGCGGAGGUGAGAUCCACUGAAAUUAGUACUCCUGUGACUAGGAGGAUGACUAGAAGAACUAAAUCAGUUUGUAAGCCAGAGGUGAUUCAGGAAUGUCAGUUUGAAGAGUUGGAACAUGCAGAAAUGAAAUCAGAUGUCAGUGAUAGCUCAGAGAUGCAGAUUUCUAGGAAUGAGAACACAGCUGUUCAGUCAGCACAAUCAGUUGCUGAACCACAAGUUGAUGGAGAUGUGUCAGAAGCAGAAUCAAACUGCUCUUCUGUGUCUGGUCUCCAGACACCCUUGUUUGUAAGAAUAACACGAAGGCGACAAAUUGUAAUUCCUUAUCAACCAGAUUCUGCUGACAAAAAAAGACACGACAAUACAGCUUUUGUAAGUAAGUUAAGUAGGAUUCUGGAUGAAGAUGAUGUCUCUGAAGCUGAGUCUUGUUCCUCUGCUGUUUCUGGUGUCCACGUACCUAAUGUUACCACAAGUACAAGGAGCAGGCAAAGCAAAAAGAAAUUGUGGCCAGACACAGUUCGUGAAGCCCAGACUGAAGAUACUUCUGAUGCAGAAUCGUGUUGCCUAAGUUCUCAUGUGGAACCAUCUGUCACUACCAAACGAAUUACUAGGAGCAUGCAAAUGAAAUCACAAGCAGAAAAUACUAAGCAGACUGAGAAAAAAAAUGAAUUUGUUUCAGAAGAUGAGAAUUUAAUUGAGGACACCAUUAAAUCUGAGCCCAUAAUAAUUUCUGAUUCUAGACCUACUGCAGAACUUGUCUGUGACACCGAAGAUGCUUCUACCCUCAUUGAGAGUAAUAAAGAACCCAGUUCACCUGAAAGUAAAUGUGCUUCCAAAUGUGCUAAUGCAACCCGGAGUGAAGACACAAAAGAAGAGGUUUUAAGUGAUGUGACAUCCCAUCUUACAAAAACAAAACAAAGUGACACUAAAUCACCUGUGAAGAAAACAACAAAAAAUACACAGUCUGUUGAGAUAGACCAUUCAGAAGCAAUAUGUGACCAAAUACAAGAAGAUAACAGUAAAAUACUUGGGAGGGGGAGGAAAUUAGAGUGUGUGGCUGUUUCUUUGACUGACUGCAUGAGUCCUAAACAAUUUCUAGAAUCCCAUGGACAAGUAGCACCAAAUGAAAGUAACGAGAUUGCAGAAUGCAAAAGGGCAGAUACUGACGCAGAUGCACAGCAGUCUGUCACAUGUGCUGAUAAAUUGAGGAAGAGUAAGCAAGCUAGUGCAGUGAGCAGCCCAUCAAAGGACGUGGCUGUUGCACAGACAACUGAAAGCAUUGGUAUAAGCAGGAUGCUCGAAAUUGGUGCAGACAGGGGUGAAGACCAAACAAAAGAACAUGAGGUAUCCCACAGCAGUGAAAAAUCAAGCAGUGGUAAUGACUCUGUUGCAUUGUUUCUGAGCAACAGUGACAGUGAUGACUCUGAAAAUAGCGAUAUGGCAGACAUAGAUACAGUUGAUGAGAAUGUGUGUCACACAAAGUCAUAUGAGAGAAGUCAUUCCCUCAAAAAAUCUUUUAAAAACGGUUCGCUGCAUGUUGAAGGUCUUUUUGUAAUUGAUACUGAGCCUGGCACGAGUUCCAGCCAGAAGUAUUAUCUGGAUGAUGUAGACCAAGACAGCGAUGCUGAAAGUAAGCAUGAAGGAGGUGAAGAAGGUAAAGAAUCAGAUUUGGAAGAGGAUGAAGAGGAAUUGAUAGAUGAAGAUGAAAAAGAUGAAGAUGAUGAUCUGUUGAAAAACAAGGUUGACGUUUUACAUCUUUCCAGUAGCAUAGACCCUGGUUUGAAUAUCAAGAAGCUUGGAGGUUUAUAUAUCAGUUUUGAUGCAAAAAAUCAGAAGCCUGGAUCAAGUGUAAUUGAAAAACCGAAGGAGAAGAAGAAGGAUCAGCUCUUGCAGAAGAGUGUAAUAACCCCAGACUUUGAAAGAAAGGAAUGUGUCCCACCUUACAGGGAAUCACUUCACCAGCUGAAGAAACAGCGCAGGGCAGAGCGAGAGAAAACAGCAGGUGAUGGCUGGUUUGGUAUGAAAGCCCCAGAAAUCACAAGUGAACUGAAAAAUGAUCUUAAAGUUUUGAAGAUGAGAGCUUCAUUGGACCCUAAGCAUUUCUAUAAGAAGAAUGAUAGAGAUGGUCUGCCUAAGUACUUCCAGGUUGGAACUGUAGUUGAUUCUCCCAUAGACUUUUACCAUAGUCGAAUCCCUAAGAAACAGAGGAAGAGAACAAUUGUGGAAGAGCUGCUUGCAGAUUCAGAGUUCAGAAGAUAUAAUAAAAAGAAGUAUCAGGAGAUCAUGAGUGAAAAAGCAGCUUUUGCAGCAGGGAAGAAGAAUCGGAAGAAGAAGAAAUUUCACAAUUAAGAAUUGAAGAAAAAUACCAAGCUGGAACAACUUACUUGUUAUAAAACUUUCUUGCAGAA